UAUCAAAGCCUUCCUCCCCCCGAGACGUCCCUCACAUUCUUCCAGAUUCAUUCAUCGCUGCUUCUAGCGCUUCCUUCGCUGCAUCGCGAGCUUGUCUCCGCUUGCUGUGCGAAGAUCGCCAGGUUUAGUGCCAGGGUUUAGAACAACCUUGUGGGAGUUCUUCCGCGGUCGAGUUCUUCGGAGCCUGUCUUGCUUUUGCGUGACACUCAUCGAAGUGGAUAACUGAAUUAAUUGGACCGUAGCUCGUCGAGAAGCUUUCAAGAGAGAUUCGGUUGAGUUUAUGAGUAGUCGGGAGGAUUUUCUGCUUCAUGUUUGGCAGCACUGGUCUGUAGCGUGAGGUCAUGAGACUGAAGUGAGGUUGCUGGGCAGCAGUCAAGGAAUAUCACUGGGUUCCAAAGGGCUGCAGAUUCAGAUUCAGAGUUGUAGACCAGCCAGGAUUCAACUACUAGAGGCGGUUCGGAUUUAUGGAAGGUGCGAGGUUGUCAUUGACGAUCUACACGGUUGGAUGCUCGCCGAAGGGUCUCAUUCUGCAGCAGCUGCAGCAGUAGUUGUCGCCCCGAUGUUUUGAUUCUGAAAUCAUUACCUGGACAAAAUUGUCAGAAGUCUUUUGAAUCUGCUGCCGAACACGCUGAAGAUUUAACGAUUGACUAGAGGGGAGUGCCACUUUGAGUCCACUGGAAUCUACAUUUUGCCCUUUAAUCUUGGCGGCUACUGGCUAAGCUAGCUCCAGCAAUGACAGGAUCAAGUGGGAGCACCAACACAGCGUGUGCGGCCUGCAAGUAUCAGAGGAGAAAAUGUUCGGCAGAUUGUCCUCUCUCGCCUUACUUCCCCCCGGACCAACCCAAGCGCUUCGCCAACGUCCACAAACUCUUCGGCGUCAGCAACAUUCUGCGCAUCCUCAAACAUGUCGACCCUUCCAAGCGUGAGGACACAGUAAAAUCCAUUGCUUACGAGGCCGACACUCGAGAGAAGGACCCUGUACACGGGUGCCUGGGCGUCAUUACCGUGUUGCAAAACCAAGUGUCCAAAUUGAAGGAAGAGCUUAAUAUCGCUCGCGAGCAGCUUUUCUUGAUGGAGCAGCAGCAGCAGCAGGCAGUUGCUGCAGCUGGACAACUCCAUAGCUUUCAUGGACAACCCGGAUUGCCAAGCGGUUCUGCUUUCGAUGAUGACGAGUCGCAGUUUUUGAGACACCACAUCGGUUUUCAGGACGUGCACAGGUUCGACAGCAAAUUUGAUCAGAAGUUGAACAAUCUUCCCAUGGAUUACAGAUACGGAGCGGAUGAUGCGUCGUCAAUGAUUUGCCAGAUGAAGGUCGACCAUGCAGAGCAGCUGCGGCGUGCGGGGAGCUACUUCGGAAUGGACCCUUCCUACGAUGAAAGCCCAGUGAGCCACCAUCAAAUGCACAUGCAGGCUGCGCUUGAACAGGACCCCUCCUACGCGCUUCGAAGCUCCCCAAACAACAGCCUCUCUGGAUUCGGAAUUGCGGCCGACGGCGACAUGAAAAGAGCGAACUACUUUAUAACAAGCGGACAAUGUCAGGUCUCCGAUCAUGACCUUCAGCGAGCCGGAGUGUAUUUGACCUUGACUAAUCAGCACUGUCGAGAUUAAACGUUCAAACAGAGACUGGCGAUCUAACUCCAGCGAAACAAGAAACUGACAAAAACAAAUGUGCCCGAUUCUCUUCAGGAGUGUUCUAAUUAGCAGAUGGAAAGUGAAAUUUAUUCUUCCAAUUGAACAGUUGGCGAAUUUGCAGUGUGAUGUUUGAUCACGACAUCUCGACCCAGAGAAGAGUGAAAGAUCUGGGUUGUGCUCAAUUCUCUUCAGUAUUCAACUAUUCAACUGGUGCACCAAAUAAUACGAAAUUUUGUUUCAACAAUGCGGGGGGAGACUCGUCCUCAGUAGCGUCCCUGUGGCCAGCAUCGACAGGAUCAGCGGAUGAACCUCGCGCAGGAGCAGGGGUUAGUUACUAUGGACGAGCUGUGACUCGAGAGUAGCUGCAAUCUUCAUUUUCACCCAAGAUUUCGUGGCACCAAGGUUCAAGUCUCAACCACGAUCUGCACCAACAAUAGAUAUUGGAGUACAUCAGGCGAGUUUCCUUUCAUUACAACAGGAAGAAAUCACGCGGGACACGUCGAGGUUGACAUUUGAACCUCCGCACGUUGUCUACAACUGGUCUCAGACACAUAUUUCCUGCGCAAAGAAAGUUUUCACAAUUUUUUUAGGGUACUGAACCGGGGUUGAUCAUCCCUUCCUUAAAUGACUUCAGAUUUAUUGCAGACACAGCGUAGGGAGUUCCAUUUCUAGCAGUUUUAGCAGUGUGCGAUAGUUAGUCAUUUGUGUGCUCACUACUGCAUCCCACAUAAAACAAAAGACCAAUUAAUUGAUGUACCCAUAGAAAUUGAUUCUUAAAUGUAAAACGUUUUCUUCA